AUCAAGUUGGGAUGGAUGUUAACUGAGUGCAGAGAGGGGAAAGAAUUCCAAGCCGGCAGAACAGCCUGAGUAAUUCACAGAGGGAAGAAAGCUGCAUAUAGAAACAGGUUGCUAAAUAUUAAGAUAGAGGCACGGAUUGUAACAGAUGAGGCUAACAAGACAGGCAGUGGCCAGCAAGGCCUCCCAUGUCAUAUUAGAGAGGUCUGAAUAGGUUUUGAUGCGGCCGAGAGGCACAGAAGCCUCUUGAGCAGGAGAAGAGAUCUCUGAGAAGAGAUCAGACGACAACAAGACACAGUAGAGGAGAACAGACAGGAUGCUAUCGCCAUCAUUCAGAGAAAAUGAAUGUCUGGAAAGGAGACUGGGACAGCAUUAUACUAAUCGGAAUCAACGGAGGGGAAGAAAUGCAGGAAUAUGGCAGUUGGUACCAUCUGUAGGAACUGGUAAUGGGCUGGAGGUAGGAGGCGGAGUGAGCGAUGGGGAGGAGCCUGAUUACAUACACCCAGGGUGGUGGCGUGAGCAGAGAGAGGUGGUGAACCGAAUCAGAUCAGGAAACCUAUACCUCAGGGAAUACAGUGAUGGUUGCAAAGGCAUCUGGUAUUGUCCUUCUGCCACUGUCUUAAAAGGGAUUCUAAAGGGAUUUUCUUUCCCUUGUUCCUCCAGCACUACACUUGCAUUACUGGCCUAAGUGGAUACUCACCAGCUGGCCGUGUCCAUCACUACAGCCAAGACUGAGAAUUCCUGAUUAUACUUAGAGCCUGUGGAGCUGCUGACACAAACAGUCAUUAGCAGACGACCCUUUUGUAACAAACUGUGCUUUAAAAUGUAAACGGUGGGGGCAUUUUCCUUGCGUUGUCCAGAAGGAACUUUCUCCUGCCUGAGCCUGGAUUAAUCAUGAGAGAGCUCGUCAACAUUCCACUGGUACAUAUUCUUACUUUGGUUGCCUUCAGCGGGACUGAGAAACUUCCAAAAGCUCCUGUCAUCACUACUCCGCUGGAAACAGUGGAUGCCUUAGUUGAAGAAGUGGCUACAUUUAUGUGUGCAGUGGAAUCCUAUCCCCAGCCUGAAAUUUCCUGGACCAGAAAUAAAAUUCUCAUUAAGCUCUUUGACACCCGGUACAGCAUUCGCGAGAACGGGCAGCUCCUCACCAUCCUGAGUGUGGAAGACAGCGACGAUGGCGUCUACUGCUGCACGGCCAACAACGGCGUGGGGGGUGCUGCGGAGAGCUGCGGGGCUCUGCAAGUGAAGAUGAAACCGAAAAUAACUCGUCCUCCCAUAAAUGUAAAAAUCAUAGAAGGACUAAAAGCAGUUCUACCAUGUACUACAAUGGGCAAUCCCAAACCAUCAGUGUCAUGGAUUAAGGGGGACAGUGCUCUCAGGGAGAAUUCCCGCAUUGCAGUUCUUGAAUCUGGGAGUUUAAGGAUUCAUAAUGUGCAAAAGGAAGAUGCAGGACAUUAUCGGUGUGUGGCAAAAAACAGCCUCGGGACGGCAUAUUCCAAAUUGGUGAAGCUGGAAGUUGAGGUUUUUGCCAGAAUCCUGCGGGCUCCUGAAUCCCACAAUGUCACAUUUGGCUCCUUUGUGACCCUGCGCUGCACAGCAACAGGCAUCCCUGUCCCCACCAUCACCUGGAUUGAAAAUGGAAAUGCCGUUUCCUCUGGGUCCAUUCAGGAAAGUGUGAAAGACCGAGUGAUUGACUCAAGACUGCAGCUGCUUAUCACUAAGCCAGGACUCUUCACAUGCAUAGCUACUAACAAGCACGGAGAGAAAUUUAGCACUGCAAAGGCUGCGGCCACCAUUAGCAUAGCAGAAUGGAGUAAAUUACAGAAAGAUAACAAAGGCUACUGCGCCCAGUACAGAGGGGAGGUAUGUAAUGCUGUCCUGGCCAGAGACGCUCUUGUUUUCUUCAACAACUCCUAUGCACACCCUGAGGAGGCCCAAGAACUACUGGUUCACACGGCCUGGAAUGAACUGAAAGCAGUGAGCGCAUUUUGCCGGCCAGCUGCUGAGGCUUUGCUGUGUAACCACAUCUUCCAAGAAUGCAACCCUGGAGCAGUACCUACUCCUACACCCAUUUGCAGAGAAUACUGCCUGGCAGUAAAGGAGCUCUUCUGUGCAAAAGAAUGGCUGGCAAUGGAAGAGAAGACUCACAGAGGACUCUACAGACCUGGAAUGCACCUGCUCCCCGUGCCAGAAUGCACCAAACUCCCCAGCAUGCACUGGGACCCCACGGCCUGCACCAGACUGCCAUAUUUAGCAUUCCCACCAAUGACGUCCUCAAAGCCAAGUGUGGACAUUCCAAAUCUGCCUUCCUCUUCUUCUUCCUCCUUGUCCGUCUCACCUACAUACUCCAUGACUGUAAUAAUCUCCACAAUGUCCAGCUUUGCAAUAUUUGUGCUUCUUACUGUAACUACUCUUUAUUGCUGCCGGAGACGAAAACAAUGGAAAAAUAAGAAAAGAGAGUCAGCGGCGGUAACCCUCACUACUCUUCCCUCUGAGCUCUUACUAGACAGACUUCAUCCCAACCCCAUGUACCAGAGGAUGCCACUCCUGCUGAAUCCCAAACUGCUGAGCCUGGAGUACCCAAGGAAUAACAUUGAAUAUGUGAGAGAUAUUGGCGAAGGAGCAUUUGGAAGGGUCUUUCAAGCAAGGGCUCCGGGCUUACUUCCCUAUGAACCUUUCACAAUGGUGGCAGUGAAGAUGCUCAAAGAAGAAGCCUCAGCAGACAUGCAAGCCGACUUUCAGAGGGAGGCAGCCCUCAUGGCAGAAUUUGAUAACCCUAACAUUGUGAAACUCUUAGGCGUGUGCGCCGUCGGGAAGCCCAUGUGCCUGCUCUUUGAAUACAUGGCCUACGGCGACCUCAACGAGUUCCUCCGCAGCAUGUCCCCGCACCCCGUGUGCAGCCUCAGUCACAGCGACCUGUCCGGGAGGGCCCAGGCCGCCAGCCCGGCCCCGCCACCGCUCUCCUGCGCGGAGCAGCUGUGCAUCGCCAGGCAGGUGGCCGCCGGCAUGGCUUACCUCUCGGAGCGCAAGUUCGUGCACCGGGACCUGGCCACCAGGAACUGCCUGGUGGGCGAGAACAUGGUGGUGAAAAUCGCCGACUUCGGCCUCUCCCGGAACAUCUACUCGGCGGACUACUACAAAGCUAACGAGAACGACGCCAUCCCCAUCCGCUGGAUGCCCCCCGAGUCCAUCUUCUACAACCGCUACACCACCGAGUCGGACGUGUGGGCCUACGGCGUGGUCCUGUGGGAGAUCUUCUCCUACGGCCUGCAGCCCUACUACGGCAUGGCCCACGAGGAGGUCAUCUACUACGUGCGCGACGGCCACAUCCUGUCCCGGCCCGAGGACUGCCCCCUGGAGCUGUACAACCUGAUGCGCCUGUGCUGGAGCAAGCUGCCCGCCGACAGACCCAGCUUUCCCAGCAUUCACCGAAUUCUGCAGCGGAUGUGCGAGAGAGCGGAGGGGACGGUGGGCGUCUGAGCGCGGGGACGCUACGCGGCACGCACCGCAGGCCUGGUUCAGAGUCUGGGAGCUGCAGGAAUCCGAGCCGCUUCUCCCACCUGGACGACAGCACGGCGGACGGAUACGCGCGCGAGUACCGGGGCGGCUAGCACCACGCGCGAGUAGCGGGGAGGUCAGUUUCUCACCAAGAGCAAAGUGCAGAGCUCAUCCCUUAGACCACUCCAACUUGGAAAGGCUGACGAGGACAUGGUUUACGGGGAAGCAGAGCAUCCUCUUCAGUUCCUGACUCGCCUGGCAGCAGAGUGAGACUCUGCUGGAUUAAAUUUUAAUAUGAAAUGUGAUACAGAGCUUCAUUUUCAAUAGAGUUUACUCCUGUCCAUAUGAAAGUAGUAUAUCUUUCUGUAAGACACUUAGGUAAAAUACAGAACACUAGGAAGAAAAAACCAUUCUUUGUCUCCCACCCAAAGAUGACGGGUGCUGGUUGUUUUUGUUUUGUUUUUUUAAUUCAAUUUCUUUCUUGCAUUUGUGCAUAAUUUUAUAUUUGUUUGUGUUCUCCAGAGUUGUGGUUAUACUUUACUGAUAGAGGGCUUCUAAGGAAUAAAAUGAUA